AUGAUGAUGAUGUUUGAUGAGAUGGGUUUAUCUGGGGAUAUGGAUGUGUUUUCUGGUCCCCCAGUUGAGGGGGAUAUUACCGCCCGGCAAACUGAACCUGGGAUGAUGGUUGGCGAAGAUUACAGUGAUGAUGAAAUGGAUAUUGAUGAGCUUGAGAAGAGGAUGUGGAAGUACAAAAUGCUUCACAAGCGGUUGAAGGAUAAGGAACAAAGCAAGCCGAGGGAAGGAUUCGAUGCAGCGAAACAGAGGCAAUCGCAAGAACAGGCAAGGAGGAAGAAGAUGUCGAGGGCUCAAGACGGAAUCUUGAAGUACAUGCUGAAAAUGAUGGAGGUUUGUAAGGCUCAAGGGUUUGUUUACGGGAUAAUUCCCGAGAAAGGGAAGCCUGUGACUGGGGCAUCGGAUAAUCUCCGGGAGUGGUGGAAGGAUAAGGUUAGGUUCGAUCGGAAUGGUCCUGCCGCGAUAUCCAAGUACCAAGCAGACAAUGCGAUUCCGGGGAACAACGAUGGGAAUAACUCAAUUGGGCCAACCCCUCACACUUUGCAAGAGCUGCAGGACACAACCUUGGGUUCUCUGUUAUCAGCACUGAUGCAACACUGUGAUCCUCCUCAGAGGCGGUAUCCGUUGGAGAAGGGUGUUUCUCCUCCAUGGUGGCCAACUGGGAAUGAAGAGUGGUGGCCACAUAUCGGUUUACCGAAAGAUCAUGGUCCUCCGCCUUACAAGAAGCCUCAUGACCUGAAGAAGGCCUGGAAGGUUGGAGUCCUGACUGCUGUUAUCAAGCACAUGUCUCCCGACAUUGCCAAAAUUCGCAAGCUUGUGAGACAGUCCAAAUGCCUUCAAGAUAAAAUGACGGCUAAGGAAAGCGCAACCUGGCUUGCAAUCGUCAAUCAAGAGGAGUCUUUAGCGCGGGAGCUUUAUCCUGAUUAUAUCCCCCCAUUUACCUCAGCUGGGGGAAGUGGAUCUUUUUCCACCAAUGAUGGAAAUGAGUACGAUGUCGAUGGGGGAGAAGAUGACCCAAAUUUUGACGUUGAGGAACGGAAACCUGAGAAUCUUCUUCAUCCAUCCAACAUUGGGAUGCUGGAGAGAAUGAGGGGCGUAAGACUGCCAAUUCAGCAGCCUUCUUUCGCAAUGAAUGGAGAUGCUGCAAUAAACAUGGAUUUCAUGCGGAAGCGGAAGAUCUCUGGCGACUUUAACAUGAUGAUGGAUCCGAAAAUUUUCACUUGUGAACACCCUCCGUGUCCUUACAGCGAACUUCGUCUCGGUUUUCAGGACAGGACUUCUAGGGACAAUCAUCAAUUGUGUUGUCCAUAUAGAGCCAGUUUAUCAGAUUAUGGUGGUCCAAGUUUUCAUGCUAAUGAGGUUAAACCAGUCAUAUUGCCUCAGUCCUUUGUUCAACUGAAACCUACAGCUCAGUCUGUCAACAUGGUUCCACCUUCAGUUGAUCUUACCGGACUCGGAGUUUCAGAAGACGAGAAUCACAACUUACAGCAUCCUAGCAGCAUUCUGCAGCAGCAGCAACAGCAGCAUCAGAAUUUCUACCGCGGUCAAGGAAUGGUGAUGGAAGGAAGCAACAUGUCCCAUAAUAACCAUCAUCACAUGUUUGCAAGCAAUGAAGGUCAAUUCAACCGGUUCAGAGCUUUGAAUUCCCCCUUUGAGAACAAUCACCAUCACAACAACAACAACAAUCACAAUCACAACAGCAACAACACCAAUUUCCAUUUUAUGUUUGGGCCCCCCCACUGUGAUCUGUCAUCCUUUGAUUUUAAGGAGGAUAGUCAUGGAGUAGGCAUGGCUCCUCUGCAGAAACAGCAAGAUGUUUCAAUAUGGUACCAGUGA